AUGGCCGUGACAUGGUCUUGCAAGCUGUGCAUGCAGCGGAACUCCAUCGAGGCCGACAAGUGCGUCACUUGCGGACGGCCCCCAGACUGGGUGCCAGCACAGAGGCACCAAGCUGAGCCCCAGGGCGAACUCGAGGUGUUCCGGGGAAGAGAGUUGGCACCGCGGGAUCCACCCAGAGAGGUGCAGCCCGUGGCGCCAAAUUCCAGAAGCUAUGUGCAGCUCUGCAUCAGUUUUAUUUUAGUGAUGCUUAAUGUAAUCGUGAACAUGCUUUGGCCUGUGAAAUUCUUGCGGAUGGAUGAACAGCUGCGGGUUCAGCACCUGACCACUGUCACAGUGGUGAAUGGUCCGGGGCUGGUGUGCAUCAAUCCAUUCAAGACCUGCGCGAUCGUGAAGGCGUUGACUUUAGGUCCGCUAGACUACGUGCGAGUGCGCGAUGCCAUGGAUGGCACUGAGCGUGCUGUGCACGGGCCACGGUUGUUUUUCCUGGGUCCCUAUGAGAAGAUGCAGGCAAGUGGUCAGGGAGUAAGUGUAAGCAACAUGCAGUACGUGCUGAUAGAGGACAAACAGACCGGAGAGAGGAAAGUACAGCGUGGGCCAUUGGUGUGGAUUCCCGGACCUCGAGAAGAGGGGAAGGUCUGUAACGCCGUCCGACUUUCCAGCACGGAGUAUGUCACAGUAGAAGAUCUGCUCAGUGGAGCUCGGAGGGUGGAAAAAGGACCUUGCAUUUGGUUUCCAGGUCCAUAUGAAGAGUGGGAGCAAGGGGAAGCAGUCCACCUCAGUGGGACCGAAUACGUGACUGUUCAGAACGUCCUUUCCGGCGAAAGACGCGUAGACAAAGGUCCUUGCAUGUGGUUCCCUGGUCCGCACGACCAGUGGACAAAGGGUGCCAGCACCAGCCUAACGUGUACGCAGUACCUGACCGUCUUGAACAAGCUUUCCGGAGCUUCUUCACUGGUCAAGGGUCCUUGUAUUUGGUUUCCCGGGCCAUACGACAGUGCCUCCCAGGUGAGGGAGGCCGUGGUGCUACAGGAUGAUGAGUAUGUGAAGCUGAAGGAUAUCUCAACUGGCACGCGUUGGGUUCAUCGUGGCAAGGGCCUCCUUUUCCUGGAGCCAACGUGGCGCGUCGAGAGCUCCAACGCACGAAGCUCAGGCAUCCAGAAGUCAUGGGCACUCCGAGGCCGGGAGUUUUUGAGGCUACAGGUGGCCCCACACCUACGGGUGACCAAAGGCUCCUGA